AUGGCACUCAUGAUAAGUCCUACCAUCAUCGUUGGCGUGCUCAUUGUAGCUUUUGCGAUAUGGAGACUCUUACGAAUUGGUCGACGAGACCCCAGACUCCCGCCAGGACCGCCAACGGUUCCCGUGCUGGGAAACGCUCACCAAAUUCCUCUCACGGGAUUGGGCAAAAAAUUCCACGAUUGGGCCAAAGAGUACGGGCCGAUCUACUCUUUGAAAGUCUUUGACUCGACUAUGAUCGUGUUGGCCGAUCGCAAAGCCAUCUAUCAGCUGCUGGAUAAGAAAGGCAGCAUCUAUUCAGAAAGACCAUAUCUUGAAGUUCCCAUUUUCAUGAGUCGGGGCUGCCAUAUGACUUUUGAACAAGCAACACCAGGCUGGAGAGAAAAGCGCUCCGUAGUCACAAGGAAUUUGAAUCCCAAAAACCUGGACGAGAAGCAUUUCAGGGUCCAAGAAGCCGAGUCGACCGUUUUCAUGAACAACCUCCUUCACCAUCCUACCAAAUCAUUCGACUACGCUAGGCUGUACGCUUCGUCCGUGGCGUCAAUACUCGCAUGGGGCUUCAGGGCCAAGGAUUUCAAUUCCUUCUUCUACAAGGACUUUUACGACUUUGUGGACCAGGCAAGUCGAAACGUCAAUCCAGGUGCAAAUCCGCCCGUGGAGCAGGCGCCGUGGCUGUGGUAUCUCCCGGGAGCCUGGAAGAAACGAGCUUACCACGUGAGGGAUCUGAUGGAUUCAACGUGGUCUAAAGCGCGGAAAAUGGUUGAAGAGAGACGCGAAAGAGGCGACAUCCGCAACUCGAUGAUCGAUCUGAAACUUACCGAGUAUGAGAAGGACGGCUGGCCCAUGUCACAGUAUGCCUUCAAUAAUCUUUUUGGAGAAUUGCUCGAAGCGGGAGCAGACACCACCGCCAAUAUGCUUCUGACCAUCAUCCUUGCGGUUACAAAGUUCCCCGAAGUUCAGGUCAAGGCAAGAGAGGAGCUAGACGAAGUCUGUGGUACCGAGCGAACGCCCGUCUUCUCCGACUUCGACCGCCUUCCAUAUAUCAACUGCAUUAUCAAGGAAGCUUUGAGAUGGCGCCCAACCUCCGAUCUUGGGAUUCCACACCGACUCGCUCAGGAUGAUUGGUACGAGGGCAUGUUUUUCCCAAAAAACAGCACAGUUUGGUUGGCCGCUUGGGCUAUCCAUCAAAAUGAAAACGAAUAUCCUCAUCACGACCGCUUCAACCCGGAUCGAUUCAAGAAACAUACCAAACUCGCCAGCGAUUAUGCCGUUUUACAUCACUACGGAUAUGGAGCAGGCCGAAGGAUGUGUCCGGGCAUCCACCUGGCAGAAAGAAGCAUGUGGCGCGUUACCGCAAAAUUGCUCUGGGCCUUCGAGUUUGAGGAACUGCCGGACAAGCCACUCGACGUAAAUGCGUACACUUCAUCGAAUCUUGUGCGACCGCUGGAAUACGAGGUCAAAGUGACACCUCGAAGUGAGCAACAUAGAGAUGUCAUCCGACGUGAGCUGAACGGAGCCUUGGAAUUCUUGAGCCAAUAUGACUGA